GUGACAGGGUGUCUUUAAGCAUUGGAAAAGCUUGGGAGACAUUGAUAUUUGAAAUCGAUAUUAAGAAAUCACACUAUAGAUAUGAAGCAACCAAAUUAGUUGACUGUUCAAAGUUGCAGUUUGUUUUGGAAUCACAAUUUGAAUACCUGUAUUUUCUAAAAAGGUUAACAGUGAAAUUUAAAUUUGAAGUUAAGUCUGCCGGUGUUGUCCAAGUAAGUGGGGAUUUUGUCGAGAAGAACAAGAUUGAAGCAGUUUGGAGCAACUUGAUUUCAUCAGUUAAUAAUGCUCUGACUUGCAAAGUUGUGGAGUCUCACGAAUUCCAGAGUAAGCAAGAAUUAGAAAGUAAUAUGCAAAUAUUAGAUGAUGAUACUAAGCAUCUGAUACAAGAAGGAAUUGUGGGUAUAUUUUUAUCUUAUGAAGAUGAUGCAUGUAUUGCAAAAUUUGUUGGUUUGCAGGAUGAUAUCAAUAAACUCACUCAAGGUCUAAAACCUGCCGUAGCAAUUGACCGAACAAGUGGCAAGGGUGAAAAGUCUAAACUUGGUCACCAUAAAAAGAUUCCAGAAUGCUUCCAGGGAAAUAUCUUUUUUGAGGUGAUAGAUAUUACGGAUGAUCAGGACACAUAUUUUGAAAUCAUGGGUUUAAAAGAACUCUUGCAUGAAAAAUUUCCUGAUGUUAAAUACAUAAAGGAAAUGAAUGACAUCAUAACAUAUAAAUUCAGUAGUACAGACAAAAAGGAACUUACUAAGGCUUUUUCCUGGUUUUGUUGUUACAGGAAAGACAUAAAGAGAAAGGAUUUUGAUUUUUCAGUUGAAGGAUUCAAAUUUAUCAGCCAAAAUAAAAAUGUACAGGCACAUUUAAAAAUAAAGCUGCAGAAAUUGCCCUCUGCAUUGAUAAUUUCAGACAAAAUUUAUCUGAUAUGUCAUGAAAAUGAUCUUGUAAAUUCUGAAAGAAUUGUUGAUGAUAGCAUCAAAACUACUGUGAUUGAAGGCACAUGGUCUCCUGAAGCAGAACUGAUUAAAAAAGACAGUUGUGACAAAAUACAGGUUUUCAAAGAAAAUAAACCAGGGAUGAUGAUAAUUUGGUAUACUGUAGAUCAAUCUGAUGAGGCAAAGAAGUUGAUAGAUCUGGUACAAAAAUACAGGAAAUACAAGAGAAAGCCAUAUUCUGACAAGCAGAUAAAGGCAAUGAAAGCUCUUGGUGUUUUUGAGAAGUUACAGGAGGAAUAUGAAGAUAUUCUAAUUCGUACAAAAGAUGAAGAUAUUAUACUACAAGGCCCAAAAAUGGAUGGUGUUGAUGCUUGUUUUGAGAAAUUAGACACUAUUGUACAACAGAUCAAAAUUGUUGAGUUAAAUUCUCUUCCAAAAUUGCAUCAGAAGCUGCUUAAAAAUGGUAAAGUACAAACAUAUGUGACAGAAAAGUUAAAGGGAAAGAUAGCAUUUUUUGAAGAUGGUAAAACAGUCACUUUGGAGAAUGAGAAAUCCAACUCGAGUAUUUAUGUGGAGAUUAAGAACUGUUUUGUAGAAAUGAAAAUUGAUACACAAUGUCUUGAACAUGGAAAAGGAAAAAGUUUUCUUUCAGAGCAUCCAGAAGAGGUGGUAAUAGGUGAUCAAGGGAACAAAAUUUCCUGUAUUAUAUGUUAUACUGCAAAUUUGAGUCAAGAAAUUGAACAAUUACUAUAUUCUUAUAGCAAAAGUUGUACUGGUAUUGUUGCAAACUGUCUGCAAUUGUUUGGUGAUGAAUAUUGCAAAGAGUUAGAGAAACAAAAUAAUGUUGGUAUUGAAGUAAAAAAUGACAGAAUCUGUGUCAAAGGACCAUACAACAGGGCAAAAAGUGUCAUUACUGAAAUAGAAAGUCAUGUUAACACCACAGUUUUGCAUUUUGGAAAGCUUGACUAUCAAAGAAAUGUGUUGUUUGCAACUGACAAAAAUAAGAUUGACUCCAUAGCCAGGAGCUGCAAGUGUUGUUGGAAGGCUGAUGUUUUUCGUUAUGAACCAACAGAGCUUGAAGAGAAAGGUAUUGACUAUCUAUGCACAUGGAAUCUGCCUCGAAGCAAGGAACAAAUUUCAAUAGCUAAGAUAGAUUACAACACAGUAAAGCUUGAUGUGCUCAUAAUUCCUGUAAAUCAGUGUCUGUUGGGAGAAGAUAUAAAUGGAAAAGGUAUAAGAAUGUAUGAUGUGCACAGCACACAAUCAACACAGAAACUUGGAUAUUCAGAAGAACUGGUAUUGACUGAGAAGUACCCAUGCAACAAAUAUGUUGCCCUUGUGACAUCAGAAGUUGGCCAGUUUGAAAAAAUACAGACCACUCAAUUAAUUAAAUCUAAAGACCUACAGAAGUCUUGUGCUAACAUAUUUGGUAAGAUGUUUAGGAACGGAUUGUUCAGAGUUGGCUUUGCAUUACCCACAAGUGACACAAAUUUGGUAGGAAAGUUAGAGGCAAUUAUUGAUGGAUUUCAAGACAUAACACAGUUCUACGAUAAUAUGCCAGAUUCUGAACUUAUAUUUGGUGUGAAGACAGAAGCUGAGAGGUGGAUGCAGGAGGUUGAUUAUAUAAGUACCCUCAAGUUUGCCCCUUAUGUCAGACGUUAUAUUUCACCUAGAUAUAAAGGCUUAUUUAGCAGUCCAAGCUUACGUGUACAGAUACAAAAGAAAUCUAUUCUUGAGACAGGAGCACACUGUAUAGUUGUAGCAAUUUCCCGGGAUCUAGAUCUGUCAAGAGGCAUUGUCUCAAAACUUGUGAGUGAAGCUUGUGGUGAACAGUUGCAAGAGGAAUUACAUUCUAAAGAUAAAGAAUAUUUAGACCCUUGGGAACUUGUUAUGUGCCAGUCAUAUAACAUGUCUAAAAAUGGAAUACAGAAGGUGAUAUUUGGUUUCAUACCAGAGUGGAAACAUUGCCAGAAAAUAGGGGAUUUGGAAUCGUUUAUAGAAGACUGUUUACUUCUGGCAGACAGUGCAGGUUGUUCAACAGUGGCAUUUCCUGCUUUGGGUACUGGAAAUUUAGGGUAUCCAUAUCGAGAUGUGGCAGUGGCAUUGUUCAAUGGAGUAGACAAAUAUGUGGCUGAGGGAAUAAUUGGAGGAAUUUCAACUGUAUACAUUUCUGUACCACAAAUAAUUAAAAAGGACGUUGAAAUAUGCCAGAUUUUAGAGAGAGAGCAAGAGAGAAGGAAAUCGGCUGAAACUACCUCUGGAAAACAGCAUCAAGCAGAGGGUAAUAUUUGAUAAAUACAUUUUUCCUACUGCUUGAUACUGGCGGGAAUAUUAUAUCAAGUCAUCUUUUAAAUAGCACUGUUUGAACCACAAUAUACCAUCAGUUUAGAUACAUGUAUAUGCUGUAUGGAGAUAGUAAAAUAUCAUGAAUGUUGCCAAAUUUUUAGCAAAAGUAAUUUACUGGCAGUAGCAAGUAAGUAGAGGUUAUAACAUGGGGCAAGUGUGCAUUUAGUCCAUAUUGGCACACUUGGGAACUUAUUUGCCCGAGGGCAAAUAAGUCACUAAGUGUGCCAAUAUAUUAUUUGCUGUUUCUCCAUACUGUGAAUUAUAAGGGCAACCAGUGCCUAAAUUAGUACCAUACACAUUUGUGAAUUCAUUAUAUU